GCCCGAGGUUGCCCGAAGUACCAAGCGCACACGUACCAAGUGUACCAACACGUAUGUACACAGUACGUAGCUGGUGCGUUACAAGAUCGUCCCCUCCACGUGCUAUGAAAUGGAGACACUGGAGUCAGAAUCUGGCACCUUGACACUGUGCUUGACGCUCACUAAUUCAUUGGUAGGUCAUCCGUGAUCGGUUUGACAGUUCUAAUGUCACAACACGAAGAAGUCCAUACCUGGCAAACAGGUUAGGUAUGGGGAAAACAACGAGAGUGGUCGUUUGCGGCAUGAAAGGAGUCGGUAAGACCGCUUUGCUGGAGCAGCUCAUAUAUGGAAACGUCAACGCGAAAACGGAGAUUCAUCCCACGAUCGAGGAUAUUUACGUCGGCAACAUUGAGACUGAUCGAGGUACGAAGGAGAAGGUUAGAUUCUACGACACAGCUGGGCUUGAGUCUCUUCAGAGCAAUGUAAAUAAUCAGCAACUUCCACGGCACUACCUCGGAUUUGCUGACGGCUACGUUUUGGUCUAUAACACUGGUAAGCCCGAAUCUCUUGAUGUACUUUUUCCCUUGAAAAAGGACAUUGAUAAGAAUAAGGACAAGAAGGAGAUAACUGUGAUCGUGAUCGGCAAUCGGACGAAAACCGAUGCUGCAUCGCAUAACUUAGAGAAUACUGCGAGUAAAGCAUCAAACUGGUGCGCUAGAGAAAAGAUCAAGCAUUACGAAGUGAAUAUCAUGGACAGAUCCAGCCUGUUCGAGGCCUUUGUGUAUCUGUCGUCCAAGUUGAAUCCUCCUACUAACAAAAGUACAUUUCCGCAAUUGAGCAUGGGUAGGAGAUCCGUUAAAACUGAAGCACAGUGAUGCUCGCUUAGGGAUACGACGUAAAGUUGCGCAAAUGUAAACGAUUACGAUAUGAGUCUUGCUUGUGAAUGUUGUACUCAGGUAUAACUUAUUCAAUAAUAGCUGAAUAUCGCCUCCGUCAGUGCGGACACAUUUUGAGAUCUCAAUGACUAUGUAUGCAGCAUGCACUUUUAUGUUAAUCUUGAACAUAUGUGUGAUACUAGACUCGAAACUCGAGAUAACUGGGGUUCCAUGGGUAUCAUGGGUACUAUAAAUCAUGUACUUAAGUUAUCAAGCAACAAGUUUGCUGCCAAAGUCGUCUGAUACAGCAUUUAUUUACUUUUUAAAUAUAAAUGCAAAGUUAUCAAAUUUUUUGAUAUUUUACUUCAUGAUUGCAUGAUUGCAUUAUUAUUUCAAUUGAAGUUACAAAACUAUUGAAUCUCUCUUAUUAUAUGUACUUAACUCGCUUUAUAGAAUUUAAGCUGUGGAGCGAAAGCAUUGUUUUUGUGCAAAAA